GUCACGUGAACCCAUACACGCCUAUAAAAUGCUCGCGUCCCCUUUGUUGGAUGGGCAUUUCCGCUUUCUUCCCUACUACCACCUCGUCGCUACGUGCUAGUUAGCUCGUAAAAUCGCGUUUCUCGCUAAUCGACAUAUUCCGGAUAUUUUCGACAAGAAAUGGCCCGCACCAAGCAGACUGCUCGUAAGACUACCGGUGGCAAAGCACCCCGUAAACAGGUAUGUCGUGGUCGUGGUCGUCACAUGCAAGCACCUACAGGAGGUGUAAAGAAGCCUCAUCGCUUCCGCCCUGGUACCAAGUCGACGGAGCUUCUGAUCCGAAAGCUGCCCUUCCAACGGCUGGUGAGGGAGAUUGCGCAAGAUUUCAAGACGGAUUUGCGCUUUCCAGAAGCCGCUGAGGCAUACCUCGUCUCGUUAUUCGAGGACACUAACUUGGCUGCUAUUCAUGCCAAGCGUGUCACCAUACAACCCAAAGAUCUUGCACUGGCUCGCCGCCUGAGAGGCGAGAGGAAUUAGGAUAUUUUUGUCUGUGUACCUAUGAUAUCAUUUAUUUAUACGGAAAUCAUGUAGUGUGUCCAUCGUAUGAGCACUGAGGCAGUAUGUUAUCAUGUACGUGUACUAGUACUGGCAGGAUCCUGUGUUCACAACUAAACAGAUAAGUUAAGGGGAC